UUUUAAAUUAACUUUUCCUCCGACAACCGACCCAGUAACUCGGCUUUGGGUUAUAGCUUCAAAGCCCUAACUCGUGCUUCACUGCGUCUGUGCGAUCACCCCGUCGAAGGAUCUGCGCGGAACAGGAGCAUUUUGUUGAAUUUUUGUUCGUAUGAUGUCAAUCGCCGGGAGAAAUGAUUUCGAUGGGAUUGAGAUAGACGAUUACUUCUAAUCAACCGGUUUCUCAAAAGGAAUAGCUUACGGUUUUACUUUGUGCAUGAUUGCUGUGGGUUUUUCUUAUUUUGGGAAAUGGAAUUAUUAAGCUAUGCCAUUCCGGUUUUACUUGGAUAUUUACCUCUUGGAAUUGGGAGUUUUGGUUUAGGGAUGCUUUAAUUUAGUAAUUUAACGCUAGGAGGAUGUGAUAAGGAGUUCGGUUAUGCAUUGGUACUAUACCUUGCAGAAAAUUGCAUUUCGUGUAACCUGGUCUGUUCUGGAUUUAGGAUAAGGAUUUGCUUCUGAAUAUCCCUGGAAUUUCAGAACUUGAAAUUGUAGGAUGAUAUAUGAUCAAUGGUUUUUUGGAAAUCUUAGCAUUGGAUGAGAACUGUUCUUUUUCAGAAUCCGUACACAUGGAAGCAGGGCAACUGUGGGUUUAUCCAAUUUUAAGCCAUGCUAGUCUGAUUUUCUUAAACCACCUUUUGAUUAUGUACCCUAUUUUUUAAACCACCUUUUGAUUAUGUUUCAUCACUAUUUCUUUGUAACACUGUCUUUUUAGCUUAUUGAUAUAACUUAUGAUUUUUUGGUCACUUCAUGCUAUUUUGUUGAUUAAAUCGUUGAUAAAUUAUCAGGAAAUGUCAUGGUAAUACCUGAACUUCGUUCAAUAUGCUGCGUCAUCUCGUUAUCGACGGCAUUAAUAGUUUAACUUUGUUCAAUAGGUAAUGCCUGAACAUUGUCCAAUAGGCUGCGUCGUCUGGUUAUCGACGGGAGUAAUAGUUUAACUCUGGGAUUGGAGUACUCUUCCGUGUUUUAUUGUACUUGUCAUGUAAAUAUGGCUGAAGUGGUCGAUGAUGUCCUGGGAAUUUAAGCUCUAGCUAGUGGGGUUUUUUUUUGGUUGUGUUACCUUAAGAACAAACCAUGUCCAUGACUUUUAGAAUGUGACUUGCUAUCUGGCAUCUAAUGCAUGAAAAUCUCUGCUAAGGUGUUAGGAUUUUGUCCAGUGAUGGGUCUUUACCAACUUGCUAGAGAUUUUAGUCUUGUGCUUGAAUGCAGGUGUUUUAUUUCAGUCUUGAGAUUUCUUUUUAAUCUGACUGGAUUGUUGCAUAAAAGUUUCAAUUGGUUUGAAUUUUGUUGUUUGACAAAUGCACUCAGCUCUCUUUGCAUGAUUAUACAACCCUUUCUUGCCUUUUCUGCCUUUUGAAAUUCCUAGAGUUUCUUGAAUGCCUUAGAUAUCUUCCAUUUGUUUGAAGUUCCACCUAUUGCUUGUUUGGACCUCAAUGGAGUUUUAACUGGCCUGUUUGUUAGUGACACGUUUUGGUUGUUUGUAAAUGUGUGUUUCAGGUGAUUGAGGGACUUCUGGAACCAUGAGUGAACCACCUUUUACAAUUCAAAUUAGUACCAAUUUAGUUAACCAGCUUGCCGAGGAAAGUGUGAAAGCAAAGAAGAAAACUAAGAAACCAAAACCAGAGCUACCAAGAGAACCUAGAAAUCCGCAGAAAUCUCAGUCUAAGCAACUCUCUGAUGAUUCUGAAGUUGUUAGCGCGCCACCUCCAACUGGAUGGCUUCAGUCGCCUCUUUACAUGCCCCUUCCUCCUCAACAGUCUUCUCAGGCAGAGUUAGAUGCCAUUCGAUCUGUCCUGAAAGAAAGUGAAAACGUGGUGGAGAGGCUGCAGAAGCAAGAGGAGAACUUGCUGAAGGAAGUUACUGAAAGAGCAAAGGAUCUUCAUGAUAAGGAGUUCAAGCUUCCACAGCAGAAGCCUGUUCCCUGUUUAGAUAAGCUGGAGGCCUGCAAGCAGUGCUACAAUGAAAACAAGAAUGCCCCUCUGAAAUGUCGCUUUGUAGUUGGCAGUUAUGCUGAUUGUGUCAACAAAGUUAGGCAGCUCGUCUACUCGAAUGAUAAAUAGGUGCUUAAUGAAUGAGGAGUUAUGCUCUUAGUACAAGCUGAACUGCUGCACUUUCUGUGAAUUCAAGAUUUUGUGGUGCGAAUAAUUCAAAACUCUCAUUUUGUUGGACUGCUUGGGCUGGAAUUUCUUGCUCAUCUUGUUCCUUAUACCUUGCCUCUUUGUUGCGACGCCUGAUGUAUUCUUCUGAUUGCAUUCGAUCUAACUUAGCUCUACGACUAGUUUGCCUGAUAAUGAACAUCAGCCUAACUGAUUCCUUAACAUGGGAGUUUUAAUGUUUAAUAUGACCAUUUCUACUUGGUUCAAGUUUGUGCUCCACACCGAAGUGUGGACUUUCUGGACCUUACGUUUACUUUCUUGCUUCAUGUAUCGCUCUUCUAAAGUUUGUAUGUUUCACGGAUGAUAAUGAAAAGGUGACCUAGAUCAUAGCUUUUCA